AUGUCAUCAAGUAUCAAUAAUAAUAAUAAUAAUAGUAUUAUUACUAAUAAGAAUAAUGAUAUCGAUGAGGUCAUCGAAAAUAGCCAAUCAGCAGUAUCAACACCUAUAUCUACAUGUAUAGGUGAUAGGAAAUCAUUUAAUGCACCAUUGAAAAAUACAGAUCUCCACCACCUUCUUGUUGACUCUACUACUCCCUCUUCGGAUGCAUCGUUAUCAACAUCACCUUCGUUGGCCACCAGUGGCGGCGGCGGCAAUAGCAACUUGGCGGCGGAUCGUCCAGUUUCGCCAAGUGUAAAACUAUUGGGAAAGGUAUUCGAUACCACUGCAGAUAAGCACAUUCAGCAACAGAAUAAACUCAACAGAUGCUCUCCUCCACCUCUGACCAAACCAAAUUUCAUUAUUGCCAAAAAGGAAAAACACUGGAUGUCAUACUCCACAUCAUCAAUACCAACCACACCUCCCUCCGCUGAAAUUCCUACAGCACCAUUCCCAACAACAGCAUCAACAACACAAGCAAAUACAUUGAAAUCAUCUAAUGAUCGUCAACAACAAGUUCUUUCAAGAUCAAAAGAUGAGAAUCUAAACAACAAUGAAAAUAACAUAAACUCUCCCGGUUCUUCACCAAAUACAUCGUCAACUAAUAUUGUAAAACAAACACAACAACAACAACAACAGCAACAAGGUUGGGUAUCAUCACCCACCACAUCACCAAAUACAAUUUCUCCUUUACCAUCACCUCCAACAACACGCAUCAGAAAUAACCAUAGACUUUCUGGGAGAGUGAUUUCCGCUUCAACCAAUGAAGAAUGUAACACUACAGUAUCUAAUAAUAAUAAUCUUAAUAGUAGUAAUAUUGUUUUAGAAAUAGUAAAUAAUAGUUCUAAUGAUGUACAAACAUUAACACCAUUGAAUAUUGAAAAUAAUAAUAAUAAUAAUAACAAUAUUAAUAAUAAUGAUAAUGAUGGUAGUAACAAUAAUAAUAAUAAUAAUAAUAAUAAUGAUCAGACCAAUGUACCUAAUAUGGAUGAACAAAGAAUUGAGAAAUCAGUUGGUUUAUCACAAUUUUUAAAUAAGAGGAACUAUCAGGCAAGACGUGUCGCCGGUGAUUGGAAAGAUAAACAAAUGUUCACCCAAGGUACCACUGUCAAUUUGGUGUCAAAAGAGAGAAAGAAUCUUAUUGGAUCUAGAGAUCCAUUAUUAUCACCAAAAGAAUUCAUUUGCAUUAAUAGUAAUAAUAAUAACACUAAUAAUAGUAAUAAUAAUAAUAAUAAUAACAAUAGUGAAAUUGAUAAUAACUGUAAAUGUAUCAAUGAUUCUAACAUCGAUGUAAAUAGUAAUAAUAAUAAUAGUAAUGAUAUUAAUAGUAAUAAUGAUAAUAAUAGUAAUAGUAAUAAUAAUAAUGAUGAAACAACAAAUCAAGUUAGUGGUACUAGUGCUACUGGUGAAGAUGAUGCUGCCGUACAGAAUCUCGUUAAUAGAUAUCGAACACGAAGAGACAACGCUUCAAGAAAGUCAAAGUUGUCAACUCAAGAUGUUGAAUGGAUCACAACGAAAUUCUAUGAAAAUAAUAACACCAAAGAGAGUAGCACCAACACACCAGAGAAGAAAGCACUUUUAUUACAACAACAACAACAACCACCACAAUCCAAAGCGUCACCACUACUUAAAAAUAAAUAUUUAGGUGGUAGUGGUAAUAGUGGUAAUAAUAGUAGUGGUGUUGUUGCAAACAACAUUAGUAGUAGUAGUAAUAGUAGUAGUGGUAAUACAACUAAUAAAAUUAGUGGUGGUGGUGGUGGUGGAUUUAGUAUUAGUAGUAAUAAUAAAAAGAGAACAAAUAAAAACAAUAAUAAUAGCAAUAAUAAUAAUAACUCUACUGUUGAUUCUAGUGGUGAUGAAGAGGAGGAUACUGAACAAUCGAGCAACCCUAAUAGUGCACCUUGCUAUCGAUACUUGGAGGAUGUUGCCAAGCGACGUAAUAUUCCUUCUGAACCAUCUCGUAAGCCAGGUUUGAAAUCACCACUGUUUCUACACGUUCCCACACUGGCACAGCCAACACAAUUCCACCAGAACGCACCAGAGAAGCUAAACUCUACCAGUCUCUCGAUAUCGGUGGAGGAAAACAGUCAUCAGGAUCAAUCGUUACUCUUCAAUCAGCAGAUUAUCAAUCGUGUUGCACACGACAAGGAUCUCACUUAUCUCUUCUUUCCGGUUUUGAAGAGUUCCACCAAGAUUGUCACUCCACCCUCAAUCAAUUCACACCACCACAAUCACCACAAUGUAAAAUCAACAAACAUAAUCAACGCAGCAGCAGCAAACAAACAACCAUCAACAAACAACAACAAUAAUAACAUCAUCAAUAAUAAUAAUAAUAGUAGUAGUAAUAGUAGAACCGCCAACGGAAAUACCGCCGGUAACAACAACAACAAUAAUAAUAACAGUGGAAGUAGUUCAAGUAGUAGCAGUAGUUCUGGAGUCAACAUAUCUUCUAGUGAUUCUUAUAUCUCUCUGUCGCUCUCACCGUCAUUGUCUCCGUGUUCCUCUUUGACACCGUCGCAAGCAUCACCACCGUCAUCCGCCAGCUCACCAAUUGAAUCUUUGUCUUCGUUGCCACUCUCUCCACCCAAUAGCAUCGGUAGUCAAACCAGCAGCAGCAACACUGUUACCACUCCUCGUGGACAUGAUCAACAACAACAACAAAGAAAAUCAAUUUGGUCACCUAAACCUAAUAACAACAACAACAACAAACUAUCGCCAAUUAACAACUCACCUCAGAGCGAUACAACCAUGUCACCUUCUCUAUCACCGUCAAGUCCACAAGAGUAUCUACAAUCACCGACUCCACCAAUGACUCUCAGUCUCUCGGAUAGUAACAACACUGAACUUCAACUACAACAACAACAACAAGUAGUAGUCGAUAGUCAAACGUAUAAUCCUAUAGAGGAGGAGUUCAAGUCGAGAAGUGAUAUCUAUUUCGUUAGUCAACCACCACCAAUCAAAAAGUUUGUAAAGAUCAAAUGUGGUUCGUUGGAUGCUCUCGUGGAAGUUCUCACUCAUCAUAAGCUAUCGGAUCCCAACUUUGUCGAUACGUUCCUCCUGACACACAAGACCUUCACCACCUCUCAGACUCUACUGAGUAAGCUAAUCGAGCGAUACGAAGAGGAACCAACUGCACUCGACGAAGAGAAUGAAGAACAGAUCGAGAAGCAAUCAAAGAUCUACAGAUCUAUCAAACUCAGAGUCUGCAGCAUACUAAAGAUUUGGAUCGAUAAACAUUUCUAUGAUUUCGAAAAGAAUCCACAACUACUAAAAGACUUUGAACAUUUUAUUAAAGUAACACUAGUAGAGGAUGGUAUGGAAAAGAUUUCUCAAAACAUUCAAAGAAAUAUAGCUAGAAAAUUAAAUGGUGAAACAUUUGAUAAUACAUUAUUAAUGAAUAGAGUACCUGCACCAAUUAUACCAACAUUAAAACAAGAUCAAAUAGUUACAUUAUUUUCACUUGACGAUUUAGAGAUUGCUCGACAAUUGACAUUGAUAGAACAUGAAGCAUACUCAUUGAUUAAACCAAAUGAGUGUGUAAAUUUAGCGUUUAGUAAGUUGGGUAAAGAAGAGAAUGCACCGAAUAUCACUGGAAUCAUUAGAAGAUCAAAUAUCAUUCCACUAUGGGUUGCAACUGAAAUCGUACAAGAAGAAAGAUUAACAAAACGUGCAAAUAUAAUUAAAAGUUUAUUAAUAUUGCUGAUGUAUCAUUGUAGAAAUUUAAAUAAUUUCAAUGGUGUGAUGGAAAUCUUGUCAGGUUUAAAUAUCACACCGGUAUUUAGAUUGAAAAAGACAUGGGAAACCAUACCGAGAAAGUAUUUAGCGACGUUUAGACAUCUGAAUUCACUGAUGGCACCGAAACACAACUUUAAGGUGUAUCGUGAUGUACUGCACACCAAGAAUCCACCUUGUUUGCCAUUCCUCGGUGUCUAUCUGACGGAUUUGACGUUCUUGGAAGAAGGUUCACCCGAUACCUUAGAGGGCGGUCUCAUCAACAUGGUGAAACGAACACAGCUAGCAGCGGUCAUUCAAGAGAUUCAACAGUUCCAACAGCUACCCUAUUCGCUUAGCACCGUUCCCAUUAUCAGAGAUUUCCUACACCAAGUGAACGGACUUCAAGAGCGAGCUCUCUAUAAACAAUCAAGAAUCGUAGAGCCAUAA